AUGCGGCCGGGGGGCGCGCUGCUCUCUCUGUUCGCCAGUCUCGUGCUGCUGCUGUUGCUGCGCCUGCUCUGGUGCCCGGCCGAUGCGCCUGCCAGCUUCAGGCUCUUGAUGGAGGAGAGCAGGGAGAACGUCCAUGGCAGCUUCGCGGCGUUGCGGACUCUCCGGAAUAGGGCAGUCCCCUUGCCUAACACCACCAACAGCACAGAGCUGGCGAAGCCGUCACCUCAGCUGACAAAGAGAUGCAGCAACCUGCAGUAUGGCUUGAAGGCUUUACCUGACAAAAGCAAAGGGUACUCAGAGAAUGACUUCCUCCGGAUUAUCACAAACAUACAGAGCUGCCCAUGGAAGCGACAAGCAAAAGAAUAUGAGGAUUUUAGAGCAAAACUUGCUUCCUGUUGUGGUGCCAUUCAAAACUUUGUUGUUUCUCAAAAUAACACUCCAGUUGGGAGUAAUAUGACUUACGAAGUGGAAAGUAAAAAAGAAAUCCCCAUUAGACAAGGCAUUUUCCAUAUGCUUCCAGAGUCCCAACCCUUUGUGGGACACCCUUACAAUCAGUGUGCCGUGGUGGGAAAUGGGGGCAUCCUGAAUAAGUCUCUCUGUGGAGCCGAAAUUGAUAAAUCGGACUUCGUCUUCAGGUGUAACCUCCCGCCAACCUCAGGAAAUAUUAGCAAAGAUGUUGGCAGUAAAACAAACCUUGUGACCGUGAACCCCAGCAUUAUAACACAGAAAUAUGGAAACUUACAGGAAAAGAAAGCAAUAUUUCUGGAUGACAUUGCAACCUAUGGGGAUGCGUUCCUCCUUCUGCCAGCGUUUUCCUUCAGGGCCAACACGGACACAUCUUUUAAAGUGUACUUCACUCUCAAAGAGUCUAAAGCAAGACAGAAGGUCCUGUUUUUCCAUCCCAAGUACCUGAAGCACCUUGCUCUUUUCUGGAGAACUAAAGGUGUGACUGCGUACCGCCUGUCCACUGGCUUGAUGAUCACAAGUGUUGCGGUGGAGCUCUGUGAAAACGUGAAGCUCUACGGAUUCUGGCCCUUCUCUAGAACUGUUGAAGACAUGCCUGUGAGCCACCACUACUAUGACAACAAGUUGCCUAAGCGCGGUUUCCAUCAGAUGCCCAAAGAAUACAGCCAGAUCUUGCAACUGCACGUGAAAGGAAUACUCAAACUGCAGUUUAGCAAAUGUGAGGUAGCCUAAACGAAGAGUCGGAAAGGAGGAUACUGUGAGUGGAAGGCAGUAGGUGAGUGACGUUUCUAAAGACCAAUGUGGAUUGCUGUAAAAAGAACCGUAAAAUUUGGCUUGACGAAAAGCAACCGCCACAAAUCCUUCCAUCACUUCCACCUCACGUUUCCUUCCUUGUACAAUGGACACCAUAGUAUCUGACCCAUGCGAGUGAUUUACGAGAACUGGCAAAGCCUUCGGCAGAGUGGGGGCUCCGUGAAUCUUGCCUUGCUAAGGUUUCUAACAGCCGUUUCUCCCGUCAUCAGACUGAAGAUGAGAGGCACUCCGUCUCAGAGAACCAUCUGGAAGAGAGCAGCUGAAUUGCCUGUAUUUGUGGUCUCUCUCUAGCAGGCUUCUCUUAGAACAAUGGGCUUCCCUUUUACUUUCUGUCCUAAGAGAGUGCAUAUCAGAAAAUUAUGUGAUUAAAGGAGAAAUCAUUGAUUAUUGAGGAAAGAAAUGCUCUUUACAUGGCAAUAUGCCUGUUUCUGAUUAAAUCCACUGUGAUACAAAUGGUCGUGGUAUGUUGAUUGGA